CGGCUUCUUCGGGGGCGUGGCUGGGCGGAGCUUCCCGCCCCGCCCACCACCGGGCAUAAAAGGGCGCGCACGCCCCGGGCCGGCGUUGCGCUCGUCAUGGACGUCCCGGGGGCCCAGAGCGGGCGCGAGGCCGCGUGGAAGACGAUGCCCCCCGAGGAGCUGGAGGACCAGUACUCACCCAGCAGAUGGGUCGUCCGCCAGGGACCACAGGAGGCCUUGAGGACCUACGCACAGACAGGACUCCAGGCCACCACGAGGGCCCGGGCCACCAGGAGGUGCCAGCUGCACGUCCCCUACGGAGACGGCGACGGGGAGAAGAUGGACGUCUACUUUCCUGAUGAGCAGUCUGAAGCCUUGCCCUUCUUCCUGUUCUUCCACGGCGGGUACUGGCAGAGCGGCAGUAAAGAUGAGUCGGCCUUCAUGGCUAGCGCGCUGACGGCAAAGGGAGUGGCCGUGGCAGUAGUGGCUUAUGACAUUGCUCCCAAAGGAAACCUGGACCAGAUGGUCGGCCAAGUGGCCCGCAGCGUCGUGUUUGUCCAGAAGCAGUAUCCUUGCAACCAGGGCCUGUACCUGUGUGGACACUCUGCUGGGGCCCAUCUGGCCGCCAUGAUGCUCCUGACCGACUGGGCCCAGCUCGGAGCGGCGCCCAACCUCAGAGGCUUUUUCCUCCUGAGUGGGGUCUACGACCUGGAGCCCCUUGUGCACACCUCGCAGAACGCCCCUCUCCUCAUGACCCCGGAGGAUGUGCAGAGGAACAGCCCGCAGCGGCAGCUGGAGGCGGCCCGGGCACAGCCUGCAGACCCAGCCUGCCCCGUGCUGGUGAUCGUGGGCCAGCAUGACUCCCCCGAAUUCCACCGGCAGUCCAGGGAGUUUUAUCAGACGCUGCGCCGGGGAGGGUGGACAGCCUCGCUGGAGGAGCUCCGUGACGUGGACCACUUUGAAAUCGUGGAGAAUCUGACCCAGGAGGAGGACGCACUCACCCAGAUUAUUUUGAAGACAAUAUUCCGACACUGAACCCGGCCCACGUGCACCCUGACUGCUGAAGCCCUUCCGGGCCCCCCACGGCCUGGGCUCGUGUGCCUGCCCCCACGAGGGCCACUCUUGUCCCCGCCGUGGACCCUGGCGAAUCUCGCUCUGCCUUUCGCCAGCCUGGACGGAGCUCCAGGGAAGGUCAGCUCGGUCAGUGCUGUGAGGGGCCCAGAGCUGCCUCUGGGCCGGGCCGGGCCUCUCUACUUGCUGAUGGGGCCGACAGGCAGGCUCCCCCCACCCCGCCCCGGCCCUGCUGCUUUGGUGUGCCCGCUGAGAGUCACGAGUUCAGUGGGGUCCCUUGGGCCAGCGCCCAGGAGAACAGAACCAGGAGGUCAUGAGGGAGCCUCCUGCACACGUGCCUACCGUGAGAACGGCACGGAGACGUUGGCGAGUUUUUUAAAAAUUUAAAUUAAGGGCCAGCGCCAUGGCACAGAAGGGUAAACUCGGCUUGCGAGGCUUGCCCCCGUAUCAGUGCUGGUUCAAGGCCCGGUGCUGGGCUCUGACCCGGCUCCCUGCUGACGCGCCUGGGAAAGCAGCAGACGACAGCCCAAGUGCUUUGGCCACUGGCACUCGUGUGGGAGACCCGGAUGAAGCUCCUGGCUCCUGGCCUCAGCCUGACCCAGCCCCAGCCGUUGUGACAUUUGGAGAGUGAACCAGCAGAUGGAAGACCUCUCUCUCUCUCUCUCUCUCUCUCUCUCUCUCUCUGCCAUUAAAAAACUAAAUCUUUUCAAAGUAAAAAUUUAAGAAAAAUAGAAUAAGGGGCUGUGCCAGGGAACUCAUGAGGACGGCAGUGAUGUGGGACAAGCUGUGCGCUCGGGGACACCUGCCGGCCACGCGGUCUCCACCACCGACCAGACGCCAGCACCCGCCACGGCCCUGUCUCCAGCAGACCACCGCCUGCCGGCGCCCGUGGGGUCCACCCUCGCCCGAGGUCCCAGCGGCUGCCCCGGCCGCCCUGAGUGGACGGCCCGAGGAGAGUCGGUCAGUGUGCCAGUGCUUGUAGCUGAGACCACAUCACGUUUUUAUUUGAAGUUUUUAAGUUAACAGUUAACCCACAAGGUGAAGCUGCAAGCAAUUCUAACUUACACCGAUAUAAACUAGAAUUGAGUUUUAAUAAAAUUCUGAUGGGCCGAG